AUGUCGGCCGCCGAACCUGUGCAGACGCCCAAAGUCAAGCGUUCGCAGUUCAUCGACAAGCUUCACGAUCUCCUCGAGAACCCUCACGACCCCGACUCGCUGCGCUGGUCGCCCGACGGCGCCGCCUUCGAGAUCACGACACACGAAGCAAAGGCGAGAGCGGCCUUGUCGCCAAAAUGGGACUUUCGAUCGCUGAGCAGCUUCAUCCGCCAGCUGAGCUACUACAACUUCAAGCGCCUCAGUGACCGUCGACGGUCGAGCGAACGUCGCAGCUCGACGACAAGCUACAUCGUUUUCCACCACCCCUCCGGCUUCUUCAUCCGCGGCGACAAGUCACGACUCGACGGCAUCAUCCGCAAGACGCGACCAAAGACGCAGCAGAGUCGGAGGCAGAGCAUCGCCUCGAACCUCUCGACCGACGACUCGCUCUCCUCCGCUCCGGCUGCCGCGGCGUGGUCGACCGGCGUGGGCGAAGCAGCGCAGGCGGGUCCUUCGGCCCUUCCCUCGCCGUCGAGCCCGUUCUCCUACACGCCUGUCCCCGGCCUUGCCAAGUCGUACCAAGGUCCGCCUGCGACGAACGAUCCCGCCUGGCGACCCUACCAUGCGUCGGGCUGGCCUCCUGCAGCGAGUCACUCUCCCUUCGUCCAGCAACAGCAGAUGUACAGCGUCGCGCCUAUGCCAGGCUCGCUCCCUCCCAUGGGCUUCGACCCAACUCUCCCGCCGCUCGACCAGCAACACGCCCUGCGCCGCUCGAGCCUGAGCGAAUUCAAGAUCUCCCCCGAACCAAAGGUGCACGACUUGCAGACCAACGCGCACGGUCAGGCGUACCUCCCGAACGUCGCGCAGAUGCCGCCGCACCAACCUCCUCCACACGCAACCUUCGCCUUCCCCGCUCAGCCAUUCCCUCCUAAUCCCGCUUACCAUCCCCACGCACCUCCCUACGACGCCUACGCCUCGCACCUUCCCACCGACUCGCACCCGCACUCGCCCUACCCCUCCGGUCUCCCCUUCUCCUUCGACCCCACCCAGCCUCGCGGAUCAGGCUCGUCCUACGGGACCGGCACAUCCUUCAGUUCGCGCUCGUCAGGCCAAUCGCUCGUCCCGCCUCCUCCUGUGCAUCCGCAUCCGCAUGCGCAGAGACUGAGUAUAGCGGGCGGAGCGGUACCCUCGCCGCCUUAUUCGUAUUCGUCGGCCGACGCGGAGGAGGAUGGGUCGGUUCCGCCUCAGGGACAGGGGUCGUAUCCCCCUUCGAGGCAGGGCGAGUACCCUCCCCAGCAGGCGCAAGUCGACUAUCGAAGAGAGAGCGUACACGACCCGUCAUCUAUCGAUCCUCACCAGCCACUCGACCAGCACCCUCAAGCGCAUCACCAACUCCCUCCGCUCCCGCUCCAGCCUCAUCAGACGCAUCAAUUCAACCCCUCGCCCGCUGCGAUACCCCCUCCGCCUCCGCCGCCUCAAGCCGAGACAGGAGGACCACAGCUCCUGCAUCCGCAACCGCAGCAUCAGGCGUUGGUGGAUGUGGAGUGGAGACAUGACGGAGAUGGAGGAGGAGGAGGCGCGGAUCUGGCGGGCCAGUUUGGGGGUUGGGCGGCGGGAGGAGGGGCGGCGGGAGGAGGGAAGGAGGGAGGGCCUGAGGGAGAGGAGGUGGCGUGA